ACCACAUUGUCUAUGAUUGCUUAUUUCAAUGAUAUAGCUUAUUGCUGAAUUUUUUUUUUAAGUAGAUGAAUGCACUAAUAUGGAAAUGUUUCAGGGAAAUCUGUUCUGUCAUUAGCUGAAAUCAGUGGCUGCCAAGAAUAGUAGGCAAAUAUAUUCAGAAAUGUAAAAAUGUUCACUAUUCCCUGGAAGCAGUUCGUACUUUGCAGUAACGUGGCAAAUGUACAACUUGUACUGAAUGGUAAUAAGCUGCACAAACACUUGCGGAGCCAUUUUACUCAAGUACUUUGAUAUUAACCCUUGAAACUUCAGCUAUCCAGGGGCCUGUUUUCAAGACAUUUGCAUCAAGGAAGCUGUGACUUUGAACAUGAGAUCAUCUUCUCUCAUGUUAAUUUUGGCACUUUUAACUCAUCAAGGGAAAAUUACACUUGCGAGCCUUGCAUGGCCAUGGGAGAGGACGGCAGAGCAAUCUUUUGUGAAACUGAUUGCUGGCAACAAUUGUGAUCUGCGUGUAAGUAGCGCUUACAAAUUGCGUCUGUAAAACAGCCCCUUAAUCCACCCGAAUACGCCUCAGUCGCAGAAAUAAAGCACAGAUCAUUAGCUCUGUCCUGCUGCUGCCCCUUGUUCUUGCCCCAGUCCUGACCCCGGCUUUACUUUGCUCCCUGCUGCCCAUCGCUACUGCCCCUCUUAGCCUCCGAGCAUACGUUAUUUUCAUAACCCCCUUCCUGGGACACCAGAUCACUGUCCAAUUACCAUGUUCAUUUCAACCAUCUACUGGAAAUCAACACCACAGGUUCCUGUGUAAAUCCAAAGGGCAUUCCAGACACAGCAUGCAGCUGCUUUUAGUGCGUCUGUGCUUGUGCAUGUGUGUGUGCACGUUCCCUUUUCCGAUGCAUUUCGUCUUGUUGUGCAGCAAUUAACAAGUGCAGAGCCAUCUUUGGCUCAGCGGAUGACUUCAGCUCGGCGAAUGAAUCACACUGACAGAUAUUGUUUAAGGAUUGUGUUUCACGCAGAGCAUCGCUAGUAUCACUGCCAUGGCACACUAAGUUGUUUUCCUCUGCUACAGUCGGGGACAGGUGUAACAAGCUUCUCUCUAAUAUGAAACUCUUGAAGGCUCUUAAGGAUGAUUCAUGCUUACAUAACCACUUUUUCAAUAUAACCCCAAGUGUUACGCUGUUUUGUUGUAUCUCCAUGGCGAGUGAAUGCCACAAACACUGCACACUUUCUGUCACGAGGCAAAUUAACUCAUGUAACAGAUUGCCGUUGUUGCCCAUCAACGAGUGUGAAAUAUGUGUGCCUCAUGAGUUGACUUGUAAACAUCUACUAUUAGAAAAUGUGAUGUAAAAUCUGAUAAUAAAGUUAGCAGCAACAUUAUUUAAAGUAGUUUAGAUGCUUGGAAGCCGUGAAUUCUCAGUUACUGUUUGGUCACACAUGAAACUGGUCAACGAUACUUUAAGUACGCCGGAGUAAAUGGUUUUGGAUAGUGUUGUGGGCAAACAGAGGCACAGCUGGAACAAGGGGUUUGCCAGAGUAUUGUGCUAAGAGCAUAGAUGCAGGUCAGAGGAGCUUAUUUGAAAUGAAUGAAAUACUGUAUGUGCUACACUAAAUAGAGGGCCACAAUAGUCAUCUGUUAAUAUAUCCUGUGUGGCUGUCAAACACUGCAUCCUCUCCUCUGUGGUCCUCGCCCUUCAAAAUUUGUUGUUCCCCCACCAGCUGUGACCUUUAUUCAAAGGGGUCAGCAGAAAGAGUGAGGCAGUGUGUGUCUGCGUGUGCGCACGAGGCCGUGCAUGAGGAGGGGGUUGGCACACGUCAGUUGAAACGGCAUGAGGAGGACUUGUCACCUCAGUUCAUUGAAAUAGGUUGGCAUAUGUCUAUUCAGAUCAGACACAGGCAGUGAUUGUCAGUUACUGCUGCGCUUCGGCUGAAUUGAAUCAGCUCUUUUAAAAUCCAGAACAGAAAGGCCCGUUUUAGCUUUGGAUUUGCGCCUCAUCAGGAUAUUAAGCUCAUUCAAUAAACUGAAGCUUUUUACUCCUUUUUAAAAAUGAUAGUGCAUGAAAUAAUCAGCUUAUGGGACGCCCGCCGAAGAAUUUCCUGUCUUUUUGUAAAAUUUUAGUUUGCGUUCCAGCGGAUGACGCUACACUUGGAUUGGACAUUUAUAUACAAGUGCUACACAAGGUGUCUUUUGUUGGAGGGCUGCCCUGGGCAUUGCGCUGGCUCGGAGUUAAAGCUUACUCCAGUGGGACUCUGUGUGCAGGAAGUCUUUCACAGUGAAGGAUGGAAUCUUGGGAUACUGACUCCGAGGAUUCAUGCGACUGGGGCGACUCCUCUGAAGAAGCAUCAUCAUCAGAGGAAGAUGAAUUCGAUGUCAAAUUCAAUAAAGAGGAGGACAUCAGGACAGCCAGCGUCAUUGCAGCAGAGGCAGUUACUUGUCUAGUCAUCGAUCGAGAUUCAUUCAAACACCUGAUUGGAGGUUUGGAGGAUGUGUCCAGUAAAGGUCACGAGGAUGCUGACGCCAAAGCCAAGUAUGAAGCAGAGAAUGCGUUUUUCUUCAAUCUCAAUCUAGCUGACUUCAACAUCAUCGACACUCUGGGUGUUGGUGGCUUUGGACGUGUUGAGCUGGUUCAGCUCAAGAGCGAUGAGAACAAAACUUUUGCCAUGAAGAUCCUGAAAAAGCGGCACAUUGUCGACACGAGACAGCAGGAGCACAUUCGUUCAGAGAAACUCAUCAUGCAAGAAGCCCACUCUGACUUCAUUGUUAGACUCUAUAGAACCUUCAAGGACAGCAAGUACCUCUACAUGUUGAUGGAAGCGUGUUUAGGAGGAGAACUGUGGACCAUUCUUCGAGACCGGGGGUCAUUUGAGGACUCAACCACCAGGUUUUAUACAGCCUGUGUGGUGGAGGCUUUUGCUUAUCUGCAUUCCAAAGGUAUCAUCUACAGAGACCUUAAACCAGAGAACCUUAUAUUGGACCACAGGGGUUAUGCCAAACUGGUGGACUUUGGCUUUGCCAAGAAGAUCGGGUUUGGGAAGAAAACGUGGACUUUCUGUGGAACACCGGAGUAUGUAGCACCAGAGAUCAUUCUGAACAAGGGUCACGACAUCUCAGCCGACUACUGGUCUCUAGGAAUCCUCAUGUUUGAGCUCUUAACUGGCAGUCCUCCAUUUUCUGGCCCUGAUCCCAUGAAAACCUACAAUAUCAUCCUGAGAGGCAUCGACAUGAUUGAAUUUCCAAAGAAAAUUACCAAAAAUGCUGCCAACCUAAUCAAAAAGCUAUGCAGGGAUAAUCCUUCUGAAAGACUGGGAAACUUGAAAAACGGUGUCAAAGACAUUCAAAAGCACAAAUGGUUUGAGGGCUUUAACUGGGAGGGUUUGAAGAAGGGGACACUGACACCUCCUAUUAUCCCUAAUGUCACAUCAGCAGUCGACACCAGUAACUUCGACAGCUUCCCAGAGGACAACGAAGACCCGCCUCCUGAUGACAACUCUGGCUGGGAUGUUGAUUUUUGAAGUCCUCCUCUCACCUAAAAACCAAAAGAAACUUUUCUUUUCUUUGGCUUUUUUGAUGGCUUGGAGGCCAUCUUGGAGGACAUGGCUAUGUUGUUAAAAAAAAAAAAAAAAAAAAACUGCGAUAAAAAUGAAAGAGAAGAUAUGGAAAAGAAGAUAAGCAGAUGGAUGGCAAACCCUCUGGGUCACCGAUAUGCCUUUAUUUCACUGUGGCUCUGGAUCAAGCAUUUACAAUGGGACUGCUGUAGCACUUCUUCAGUGUUGUCUUACGCUAAGGUCUAAAGGCAAAAGCAAAGAAAGUGCAGGGAUACACCUACAUACACACACACACACACACACAUACACAAUACAACGGAGGCUGAUAAUGGAGCCAGGUUUUCCCAUGCUACAGGGAAAGAUGCUUUGUGGAUGGAUGGAUGGAUGGAUGGAUGCUUGAUAGUUUGUCUAAGAUGUGGUUCCAGGAUAAAUAAGAGUGUGAAACUGUGGAGGACUACUGCAAAAGGGAGGAGGCUGAUGAUUGAUUUCUUUUUAGGGUUGUUUCUCUACAAUAUUUGGUGAAACAUUUGGUGGACUUUGAUGGGAGGAGGUAAGAUGUUACUGCAGUUGCUCCCUGGUUUUCAACAUGCAACUGCUUGCUGCAGCCUGCGAUCCUUUCCAGAGAUCUCCACACUACAGUUUGCAAGGUAAACUGGUAUCAAGUGCUCAAGACUAACCUGAAUGUCACAGUUUUUCCUCUUAUUUAACAUACAAACGGCAUACAGUAUGUACGGUACAUAGUAUUUGAAUUUACAAGUUACAUCGUCACACAUGAACACAACUGGGCUAAAGUCAAAUACUUAGUACGCUUUAUGUAAGAUUAAUCUACCUUGACAAGCACAAACACUGUGCGUUCAGUGGAAAGAGACGUGACUCUCAAAGUGCCCUGCUUAAAAUUUAAUGAAUCACAUACCGGCACACAUGAAAUGUCAGCUAGUAUUUCCAUGAAGCAAUGUGUCAUUAUGCACUUAAGACCAUUAACUGAGAAAAUCAGCAGUUAUAGCUCAUUUUAAGCUUCAGUAGACGUCACACUGUUUUUUUUGUUCUUUAAAAUGCUUUUAGUCACUCAUGAAUGCCUCUCUGCCUACAUUCUUCCUUAGUUUGUUUUUGAAAUCACCCAAAUGCCUCUUCUUGUUCACCCGAACCAGGCGUCCUCUGUUCGCUCUUGUAUAGUGCUGACAUAACUGUGAACAUGGUUUUAAUGUCUUUGGUGCUGUUGAUAAAUUAUAAUAAGCGAUGUUGAGAUGACAGUACUGGUUAUUGUUUUUGUAUUGUGAUUUUAUUUUGUGCUUGAUUACUUUGUAAUGUAUUUGACGUCAUUCUUUAGAAAAAUGGGAGACUUGUGUAAGUUUGUAGACUUGAGUGACAAUUUGUUUGAUAUCACUUGAUGCCAUGUUACAUUGUGCUAAGUGGUAUUCUCAAGGUUUUUAAACAGGUUUAGCCAUGUUACGUUGAUUCAUAUAAAUUCACUAUUCUGCUUUCCUUGGAGUUAAAUUUAACCACAAUCACGUUAUCUCAAGACUAUCCUGACUUAACAUCUUAUGGAAAUGUUAAAAUGUCUCCUAAAGGCAAACAGUGGACGAAAAACAGAUUAUAUUUUGUGAAAACUCAUAACUUUGACCACUAGCACCACGAUCUCUCAACCAUCACCCAACUCAUCACCUCUGGCAUCCAAAAAAAAUCAGAACAUGAAAUCAAAAGGAAAGUAAGUGCCUUAAGUCAAUGGCAUACAAAAUUAACAUCACAAGACCUUUUCAAUGCUGCAUGAACACUUAUACACCUCAAAAACUUAUGUGUCCUCUUAGAUGGCUGCUUUUCAUCCUUUGUUAUACCCAAUAAAUACAUUAAUCACCAUAGAAAGAGAAUUUCUAGUCAUUUGAUGGCUGACAAAAGUGUAUAUGAAAUAAAUUUCCUGCUUACGCCUUUGAUUUAUCUCACGGGAACAUUUAUUAAGAGUAAAAAUGAUCUCUCAUACCUGAAAUGGCUGCAGUGACAAGCUUUUCUCUACAUAUCUAAUGUGAUCUGAUGAAGUUGACCACUACUGGCCUGAUAUAAAACACCAGUGAGUAUUAAUCACAGCUCAGUUAGACCAUCCAUCAACCGCUAGUCAUGAAAUCUGAGCAUUUAGAGACGGCAAGAAUGAUUUGCAGUUUUGAGCACCUCACAAAAACAGUACUCUUGUUUACCACUGUUGACAAUCUUAAAUGGUAUGAUGCAUUAAUCACAAUGCAUAAUGAGUCACAUUCUCAUUUUUGGUUUGAUUUAAAUAAAGCUGAAGUCAUAUUUCACCCCAUGAAGUCAAGCAGACUGAUACAUCGAAAUUACAGAAAUCUCUUGAUGGAAAGCUAAAAAAAAUUAGGACAAAUCUUUAUUCUGUACAUACUCCAUAAGUAUUUUUCUGUGUUAAUGGAAGGUUGUGUUUAUCACAAAGCCUUACGGGAUGUCAUCACUUUCCAAACCACUGGUUUUGAGUUUUUCUAAUCAACUGCCUUCUGCAAAGUUACCUGAUAUUCGCCUUGUGUUAUGUUGUUGAAUCUGCUGUAAAUUCAUUUUGCAGAGUGCCACGUGUAAGAUUUUUAAAAUUAUAGAGUAAAAAACAAUACUUUUGA